AUGCCCGAUCUCGACCUCAUCAAGAUAACUGGGCCUUUCAUCGAAGAAAUGGACCAGAUCGCGUCGAGCACAAACCUGGAAGCACGCUACUUUGUCAACGCUACGAUCCAAAYCCCAUACACGAUUCCUGGCAUGGAAGCAUUCCAGCAAUGGCGCCAAGAUCUUGGUCCCCAAGGACGUGCUUGGAGAGUCAAGUUCAACGUCAGCAAAAAGAAGGAGGAGAUGGGUGAAAAAGAGGAGAAGGCCACAACUCAGCGUAAGUACGAAAACGCACAGGAGCGAGGCAGGGAGCUACUGCGUGGUAUUCGCGUGGUCAUGCAGCAGCAGGGUAUGGACCUUGAGAGUGCAGCGCUGUACGCGAACUGUGGAGUACCAGGCAGAGCGCACCCGGAGACAGAGCUGCAGGUUGUAGAUUACCCUGAAAUAUCUGAGAAGACCAACUGCGCAGAGCGAACGUCGGCCGGGGAGCGGAAUGCAGUGCCAUGCGCCAUCCUUUUGACGGACUGA